AUGGGGGCGAGCCGCAAGAGCUUCCUUGGCUACUUGAUCACACUUGAAUUCGUCAUGCAGAACUGGCGUAGGCUGGUCGAUAUCGCCUUGUCCCAAAUCCAGUUGUCAUUCGAGCAGUGGUGGAGCGGCAUCAAGAAGACCGUUGCUGAUUAUGUCAUCAUUCUUACAUGGAUGGCAAAUCAAUCAGUAUCGAUCGCCAAACAGAUCGCCGUGAACUUUUCAAAGAUGUUCGUAAACAUGAUCGAGAAUGCCAAAAACGUGGGCAUGAAUUGGAAGGAACUUCUUUCUGGAAAGAAGACUUUCGAUGAAAUAUGGACCCCUCUUGGCGAAAGCCUCACCCUACACAUCGACGAACUUCCUAAACUUGCCGAACGCCAUAUAUCGGAGACCGAGAAGCGACUAAAGCUUCGCAUAGGAACGCUUACGGCAUCACUCGGUAUGGACUUCGCAGAGUUCUUCAAUAAGCGAAUGAAAGAACUCUUGCCUUCUAAGGUGCCCGACUUCGUUGACAAGUACGCAGGCUACUUUAAAGACAUGUUCAACGAUAUUGUGGGCACGGCUGAGAAUGCCUGGAGUAAGCUUCUUGGAUUUCACAAGAUGUUAGAAAACCUAUCCAAGCCUACGCAGUGGCGAGUCGUUGGAGAUGGUAAGCAGUUCGGCAGCAAGGAGGCUCUUGAUAGUGCUUUGAGUUGGAGGCAGCAAACACAGAGCGUCCACAAACCCUUGAAGGCUGUGGAGAUCGCAGCCAAGCAGCUUGCCGCACAACAGAAGAUGAAUAAGCAACUUGAGGUUCUCAUUCAGAAGAUCGUUCCAGCG